AUGGAUGCAGCAGGGGCAGUGCGGAGGACCGCAUCGGCAGGGGAGCAGGAGGUCAGUGCAUUUGGAGACGAUGGAGAAGGAGAUAUCUUAGAUGACUGGACUGUACUCUGCAAUGGGGAAUUCUGGCAGCGCAAUGAAGAAGUGAGGUUCAAGCACGCGUCUACAAACGUACUGCUGUCUGUCACAGGAGAACCAUAUGGGCAUCCUAUAAAUGGACAGAGAGAAGUGCAUGGCAUGACCUACGCAGGUCCACAUAACUACUGGAAAGUGAUGGAAGGUAUCUUCAUGAAACCUAGUGAACCUCCACGGACUGACUUCACUCACUCCGAGUUAUGAUAGGACUCAGACUGGUCUAGGUCUUUCAGUCUUCUUAACCAUACAGUGUUGACUUCCCUGAGGAUUUCUCCAGGGUCCCACAAAGUACACUUUGAAGAGCAAUUAACAGU